UGGUUGCAUGUUUUGCUGACACUUGAGCAUGAGUGAACAUUUAUAAUUAUCGCCGUGGUGAAUUGGCAAUUGCCUGCGACGCAGAAUAAAAGCAAAGGCAGCUGAAGAUAAUGGUCAGUAGCAAAGCUAAGAGGAAGACAGCGGAACCUGUUGCGCGAGCGCAGCUUAAAAGUAAAACUUCCAUGCAGAUGCUGAACAAAUGAAGAAAUUUGUUUAAUUCCGACGGGAAAUCAAUAGACUCAAGAAACAAACUUGCUUUUGCCAUGGCCAAAUCAAAUCAGUGACAACAACGCCACAUACAAACAAAGAAAUAACAAGUUAAAAAGCUGAUCAUGAUUCAGUUACGCCUGCGCACAGUCAUACUGUUAUUGCUGCAGUUGUUCGCUUUGGUCAGCACUGAAUACGUUUAUGGCGAGCCCGAGUAUAAAUGUCCCAAGAAACCUCAAGUCUUAUACCCCUGCUUAUGUGUAAAGGGCAGCGACGAUGGCCUCUUUGUCCGCUGCGAGAAUACCAACUUGGCCACGCUUGCAGUGGCCCUACAAAACUUGGCAUCUCUGGAGUUGCCAGUGGAGGAGCUAACCAUCUACAAGGGACAUUUCGUGCGCCUCUUUGGACCCCUUUUUGCUCAUAUCAAGGCGCGUGUGUUAAUCAUUGAGGAGACACCGCUUGCCACUAUUGAAGAUUAUGUAUUUUAUGGCAUGAACAAUACAUUGGAGCACCUUCACUUGAUACACACGAAUCUCAGUCAAGUUGGUCCGUUGGGCUUUGGCAUAUUGGGCAAGACGAGUCAGAUUGUAAUUGAUGGACAUGCUUUUGAACAACUGCCCAAGGAUCUCUUUCUUGGUCAGGAAAUAAGCAACAAACUUGAAAUUAUGCGGCUCACAAAUGGACGCUUAAGUGAUUUGCCCGUGGAAACAUUUCAACCUCUUCGCAAGUUGAAGACUUUGGACUUGCAUGGUAAUCAACUGGAAAACCUGAAACGCAAUCAGUUUAAAAAUUUACGUGAACUGGAGUUUCUGGAUAUAAGUCACAAUAAAAUCAAGAAAUUGGAGGCUCAACAUAUUUCUGAUCUGACAAAACUUGGCUGGUGCAAUGUAUCUCAUAACGCCCUAAACGAGUUGAGUCGUGGCGCCUUUGCCAGGAACUCAGUACUCAAAGUACUUCAUUUAUCCCACAAUAAUAUUGCCAAAUUGGAUGCAAACAGUUUUAGAGGUAUGCGAUUUCUGCGUCGUCUAUUUCUGAGUGAUAAUGUCAUUACGGAUGUCGGACGUGGAACAUUUGGAUCAGUGGCACGCAUCGGAACUAUUGACUUGGCCCGCAACAAGCUUAAGAAGAUUGAGUAUCAGAUGUUCACACAAAUGAAUUAUGUAGAGCUACUCGAUUUGGCGGAGAACAAUAUAACUAAAAUUGAGAAGAACUCAUUCAAGGACAUUUACCAAGCAGUCAUCAAUGUGUCGCAUAAUGCCUUAGAACUUAUUGAAACGGCCGCCUUUGAGAACUGUGUCAAUAUCACUGUCCUGGAUCUGUCCCAUAAUCGUCUGACAAACUUUUCCCGUCGUAGCUUUGAUGAAACGACCUUUGCCUCCGAGUUUCAGCUUAGCUUUAAUAGCUUGACUAAUCUUGCCCAUAUUCCUAUACAAAACAUGUCUGGUCUGCGUGUGCUGAAUGCGUCACACAACAGUAUCACCGAAAUACCCAAGAACUGUUUCCCCAAGCUGUACGAACUGCAUACAAUUGAUGUGUCGCAUAACAACAUCUCCGUCAUAUUCAAUGGCGUAUUUCAAACACUGUUCUCUCUGCGAUCUAUCAAUCUGGCCCAUAACAGUAUGCAGGAGAUUAGAUCUUCAACAUUUGGCACCUUGCCAACCCUGCUGGAGAUGGAUCUCAGUCAUAAUAAGCUGGUUAACAUAGUGCGUGGCUCGCUGGCCAAGUUGACAAGCAUGAGACAACUUUAUCUGAACAAUAAUCAGCUUGAAAAGUUAUUCCAACUACCGAUUUCGUUAAAUGAGCUUUAUUUAAGCCAUAACAACAUACGCUCCAUACCAGCGGGUACUUGGCCUGUUAUGAAUGCACUUAUAUACUUGGAUCUAAGUAAUAAUCAGAUCGGAGAUAGCUUGGAUGCAAAUAGCUUUACGGGAUUACUUGUGGUGCAGCGUCUUCUGCUGCAGAGCAAUGGAAUUAGCAAGCCUCCAUUGGAAGCCAUCGCUGUCAUGUCAACGCUGCAGUAUCUCUACUUGCAACACAACAACAUAAGUGUAUUGGAGAAAAGUGCAUUUGGAAAGCUGCCAGUUCUGUUUGAGCUCAACCUGUACGACAAUCAGGUUGCAGACAUAAGUAAACGUGCUUUUGACGGACUUCUGCAGCUGCUAAAGCUCAAUCUGUCAUCGAAUGGAAUCCAACAGCUGCCAAAUGAUAUUUUCAUUGGAUUACCUUCAUUACGUUCACUGGAUUUGUCGCACAAUUUGCUUUCAAAACUGGACAACAAAACACACGGCGUGUUGGAUGACUUGCUCAGUCUGGAGACACUCAACUUGAGUCACAAUCGCAUUAGUUUUGUCACCAAGAAAACUUUCCCUUCACAUCAGUAUAUACCAUACAAUUUGAAGUACCUGGACCUGAGCUACAAUCAAAUGCCGGUGCUGACCUAUGACAUAACCUUUGGCACUAAGAAGCUUUUGCAGCUGAAUGUCUCCCACAAUCAAAUCAACGAAUUGCGACGCGGUGUCAUAUCAAAUUUUACAUCUCUGCAACAGCUGGACAUUUCCUACAAUGAGCUGACAAAUCUGAUGUCCGAAGAGCAUGUUUUCGAACUGCCUAAGAAUCUGAGCAGUCUGAUUAUGUCGAAUAAUCAAAUUUAUCAUUUACCGUUUGUCAAUCUGGCAAAGACGCAGUCAUUGAAGUAUGUUGAUCUGAGAAACAACAGUCUGGAGGACUUUCCGGUCUCGUUGAUACGCACCAUGGGGAAUGGCAGCCGAGUGUUGCUCUCCAAUAAUCCGCUAAAUUGCGGUUGUAAUGCCAGGCCCUUGAAGCAUCAUAUGUUACAGCAGACGGAGCCUAGCGAGGAUUUGCGUAAUGUGACUUGCCAGACACCCGCACAGCUUGAGACGCAGCAUCUGUUGGAGGUGAAUGAUGAGUAUCUGAACUGCAGAGAAGACGAAAUGGAGCUCUACAGCGGCAGCGACUACGAGCAUCUGACUGAUGUGCGUUUUCGUGAGGUGAAAACCAAUAAAGCGGGCAAUCUAACACUGAGCUGGUUUGUCUCUGCCAUAGCGGAUGUGGCUGACUUUAAUGUGUAUGUAAGAAGCAGCAGCAACGAGGUGUUGCACCAGUCCGACUAUGCCUACAACCAGCGAACGGCACAGAUUCCCAUUUCAGACCUGCUAAAGCAUGGCGAGGAUAAAUUGAAUGCUGCAGAGAUCUGCAUUGUGACCCGGGAUAGCGAUGGAAACACUCGGCCAUGGUUUGCCGGCCAAUGUCAAGCAUUGCCCUCACUUAAAUUGCCCAGAACCUUCUUUUUUGGCAACUUUAAUGUAAGAAGCUCAGGCAAUGCCACAAAGUCACCCAUAACCUGUGUUUUGUAUAUAGCUUUAGCGUUAUUUGUUGCCGUUAUACAAAAUGUUCAUUAAAUAAAUUUAUGUAAGCUCGUAAGAGUAUCAAACCGAAA